GGGACACAAACUCUUCCUUCUUCAACUUCCUAUCACCAAACUCUUCCCUUUAUUCCCUUCUCUCUUCAACUUCCCCACUUCUUCUUUCUCCCCAAUUUCAAUUCUCUCUCUCUCUCCAUUUUCAUCUGCAGAUUCAGCCAGAGACCGAUUCCUUCUUCCUCAUUAAGAGUCUCGUCUCAGCCAUGGCGCACGACAAAACCGAGAAGAUCACUGUUAUGGUUCUGGGUGUUGAUCUCAAGUGCUCAAGCUGCUACAAGAAGGCUAAAAAAGUCAUUUGCAAAUUCCCUCAAAUCAGAGACCAAAUAUACAUUGAGGAGGAGAAUAAGAUUAAGAUCACCGUGGUUUGCUGUAGCCCCGAGAAGAUCCGCGACAAACUAUGUUACAAGGGGGGUGGUGUAAUAAAGACUAUUGAAAUCCUCGACCCUCCUAAGCCCAAAUCUGCCGAGAAGCCCAAGGAUGCUCCGAAACCCGCUGAGAAGCCCAAGGAUGCACCCAAGCCUGCCGAGAAGCCCAAGGAUUCCGAGAAGCCGAAAGAGGCUGACAAGCCCAAAGAAAAACCAAAAGAGCAAGAGAAGCCCAAAGAAAAGCCGAAAGACCAAGAGAAACCGAAAGAAAAACCGAAAGACCAAGAGAAGCCAAAAGAAAAACCAAAAGACCAAGAGAAGCCCAAGGAAAAACCGAAAGGCCCCGAGAAGCCCAAAGACAUGCCCGAGAUGCCCAAACAAGGUGUCCCGCUUCCGGGGUCGUUCCCGAUACCGAUGAAGCAUCCGGAGCCGAUGAUGAACAUGCCUGGCCCGGGGCAGGUGCCCGUGAUGAACAUGCCUCCCCCGGGGCAAGUGUCCGUGAUGCCGUUUUCCCACGGGUACCCGCCGUCAAUGUACUGCUUUGAGCCGGGUUACGAGUGGUACGGCGGGCCUCAGAUGGCUCCACUAGUCCCGCCACCGCUGCCGCAGCCAUGCUACGACAAUUACUCCGGUUGGUGUCGGUGUGGACAGCCAAGUGGUUACAAUGGGUGCAGGUGUGACCACACCUACUUCAGUGAAGAAAACACAAAUGGGUGUACAAUUAUGUGACCUUUUUGUCCUUGAUGAAAAAAAAUUGAAUGGGUCAUUUUGUCAUACACAGUUCAUCUUGCACCAGACAUAUUGGUAAGUUCCUUUGUGAUAUAUACAGUAUACUGUUACUUCUCAUGCUCAUAAGAAUAAGGUUCAAGGCCAUUUUGUUGCCACAUGUUAUAUUGUUGUACAUUUAGAAAGUUUAAUAUUCUCCAUAAUACUCCUACUCCCUUUAUUUCUCUACAUUUACUAUUAAGCUUUGUUCUAUUUUC